AUGUCCGUGACCCUGCACACCAACCUGGGAGAUAUCAAGUGCGAGCUCUUCUGUGACGAAGUGCCUAAAGCCUGCGAGAACUUUCUGGCGUUAUGUGCGAGUGGCUACUAUGAUACCACCAUCUUCCACCGCAACAUCCGUGGAUUCAUGAUCCAAGGAGGCGACCCCACUGGCACUGGCCGUGGGGGUCAGUCCAUCUGGGGCGGCAAGUUCAACGAUGAGAUCCGAGAGUCUCUCAAGCACAAUGUGCGUGGGAUAUUGUCGAUGGCCAACAGUGGGCCCAACACCAAUGGCAGCCAGUUUUUUAUUUCAUACGCCAAGCAGCCACAUUUAAACGGGCUCUACACCAUCUUCGGCAAGGUCAUACACGGAUUUGAUGUACUCGACCUCAUGGAAAAGACGAAGACAGGUCCAGGGGACAAGCCACUUGCAGAGAUUAGAAUCAACAGAGUUACAAUUCAUGCUAAUCCUUUAGCACUCUGA